AUGGUAUGGUUAUGUAUUUGUGAACAAAAGAAAACAAAAAGAAAUGAAGAGGGAGAAACGAAAAAAAAACCAAGAAAAAACAACAACAACAACAACACACACACACACGAAGGAAUACAUAUGAAGGGGUAUGUUGAUAAAAGUAAAAGUUGA